GUAACGAAAUGGCCAGUCAAGCCGCCUCAAAAGCCGUCACCUUCGCCUACAACGGCACGAUCGCCAGCACGCUUCGCAAGUUCGCAUGGAGCAACUUGUGGGGAGGACGCGAGUACGGGCUCCAAUUCCACGACACCUACUUUGAGCCGGCUCCAGAAGUCACCGAGGCUCUCAGACGCCUUAAUCUCCAGGAGCCACACGUUUUCGAUCAGAGAAAGAUCCGUCUUUCACGUGCCCACACUUUGGCUCUCCACGGCGAGAAGCUUCCAAAGGCUGAAUGGACUCAAUGGGAUCAGGAAUCGUGGUACUUGAAGCCAUAUUUGGACGAGAUCGAGGCAGAGAAGAAGGCUCGCGCCGAGACAUCCGGACUCAUUCCACCAUACCAAAUGAAGCAACAUUAGAUUCUUCGAAUUCUUCAAAAUUAUAAUUUUCCGCGCCCUUUUUUUUCGUCUUUUUCUGUUAAAUCACCUCUCUCAACCACGUUUUUCUCGGCAUUCUAGCGGGAAAAUCGUGUGAAUUUUGAAAUUGUGAGUAAAUUUUGAGUUAG